AUGCCAAAACCGGAUGUGAUAAAGGGUUCCGUGCGCACGAUGUGCGGAGAAGAACCUUCCUUGCGCGGCACGGUUCGCUCGUCGAUCAUCAAAGGCCGCGGUCCAACCGAUGAUGCCUCCGGUAGCCUUCAUGGAUAUCGACCCAACCGUGUUGCCCAACCCGACCACUCCAGUGAAGCACAUGACUCCACUGAGCUCGCCGAUUUCUCCCAUGGUGGAUCCCAGAACAGUCGAUGUUCUUCGCAGAACCCCAUCGUUAACUUUCCAACCCAGCCCGGAGACCUUCUCUUCCCCAACCAGCCGGAUGGACAGCCUCGAAGACAUGCUGCCGCUAGGAGGGACUUUGUAUCUCCUGACCCCAACUACCACGACCUCCUCAUGUGGCCGUCCGACUACGCGCUCGAACUUGACAUGUACGCUGGUCCGCUACACAUCACGGCCGGUGCUCUCGCUGGUACCGCUUUCACGGAACUAAGCGACAUCUCUUCCGGGUCGGAGCCCAUGACCUCGACGUCUUCACAGGGAUCCAUUCACACCAGCAACACAAGCAUGUUGUCCUCUGGUGACUACGAAAGUAUGCUGAAACCCAUGGAAGCUCCCCAUCACCAUGGUCGAGGGUAUGAUCCCCGAGUUCGAAGUUAUCAUCGCCGCCGAAUCCUCGUGGCCGCUGGCACGCUGCAAUCCUCCGGUUUACUCCGGCUCUUGCCCUCGGACGGCCAUUGUGCAUCUGGAAUGCCUAGAGCAGAGGUCAAGGACGAGAGCCAUUGGCUCUCACUGGAAAAGUACCUUGAGCAUGCGGACUGGGAUUCGUCGGAUUUAACGGCUGUCAUUCCCAUGACACAGAGAACCCGGGACAAGAUGCUCGCUAUAACCCAAUUUUUCCUCCACAAGGCUUUGGAUAUUCAUCGCGGAGGCCUAAAUAGCCUCCCGAAAACCGGAUACCCGAGCCCAGGGAACUUCAACUUCAUCGUUCUCCCUCCUAACAAGAUGCUAGAAUAUCUUCUUCGCAGCCACGUACGAACUUUGUCCAGCUACUUCAACUUGGUCGUGGCCGGAUGCGUAGACCCCAACGAGAUGUUGGUCAAUAAUCAAGCGUCCACCCUUCUGGUCCUACUUAUGAUCGCGCAAGGCGCUUCAGCGAUUCCCAUGGCGGAGGCGAGGCACCUGGCGACUGGCUUGACGGAAACUUGCCGUAUUUCCUUGUUUGACACGAUUGAAAAGAAUGUCGAGUUCUCGGCAGACCCAGUCGCACUCCGAUGUGCAUUGCUCUUUACUAUCCUCGGGGCUUGGAGUGGAGACAAGUGGCUCAUGGAUAUCGCCAUGGGCCAGCGGGGAAUGUAUCUUUCGAUGCUCAAACACGCGGGAAUGCUGGAGUCCAGGGCGGGCAUGGUCCCGCAAACAAAUAUGGAUCCCCAAUCUCAAUGGCGCGGAUGGCUUCACCGUGAAUCGCAAAAUAGGCUUGUGUAUAAUUGGGUCAUGGUUGAUCAGGAGCUUAGCCUAUUCCAUGAUACGGCGCCGACGCUCGCAAUUUCAGACUUGCAGUGCCCACUUCCGGGUGCAGAGGUGCUAUGGAUGUCCACAAGCGCAGAGGAAUGGAUGUCUCAUGUCCAAAAGCUCUUUGGGGGCGAAUUGAGCGUAAAUCCCCAGGCUCUCAGCUCGACGGCCAUGACACCGUCCCUAUGCGACCUUUUCCACGACUUCCUGCACAACAACCUUGCCAGGCAACAGGGCAGCAUCACUCCCAUGCACCUGCGACUGCUUCUCCACCCUCCAGUCGCUGCUCUGCCACAGGAAGUUCAGGGCCUAUUACAAAAGUGGUACGAAGUCUCGAUAUCAGUGUCAAAGCAGACCCCUGGGUGCCAUGUCACACAGUGCAAUCUUGUCCUCUACCACCUCAUCUCCCUCAAUGCGGUGACCAACUUUCCUGAGAUUGAGAGGCUAGCCCGCCGUGAGGGGUUCGACGGCUCGUCAUGGGAUCUUUCGCAGAGGCAUAAGCGUUGCAUCUCGAACAGGGAGGAGGCCAUAUUCCACUCGGGCCAGGUGUUGCGUCUUGUUCGAUCGAUGCCGGUCAACCGACGACCGAAUUGGUGCUUCACCCAUGUUGACUCCCCAAUCUUCGCCGAUCGGGAAAAGCAGGGGGAUCGAAGCGAGACACCGACCCCUACGAUCAAGAGGUCGAGUACGCCGGUACACAUCAAGGGCGGUGAUAUGGUGGCGGUUGAUCAAGUGACGCCAGAGGACGCGGCCAUCAUCUCCUAUCUCUGGUCAAGGGACGGGAUACCUGUCCUCACGAGACAUGAUGGGAGCACGAUAGGACUGGACAAGACAUGCAACGUGUUGGCGUACGGACUCUCGACCCUGAGCGAAGGCAUUAGCACCCGUAUCGGGGAUGGCAUCAAGCGAAAGCUGGCGAUGCUUGGGAGCCACUGGGCGGGGGAUAGCAUGGGACAAAUGGGUAUCUGA